AUGGCACCAUUCCAGGGUCUCAACCAAGCGAUACCCUCUGAUAUACUGUAUUUGCAGAAGAAAGAUGGUACCGUGGUCGCGGCUCAAGAAGAAGAUUUCUACAGAUAUACCACCAAGCGAUGGCUGUCCAAUGAUACCCAAGAAGCUUCACAGCGAUAUCAGAAAUUCAAUAUUCAAGAGCUUCUAGCUGUAGCUGCCCGACUGAUCAGCAAUGAUGCUACGAGAUGCACUCACGUGAUGAAGUACCGAGAGGGACUCUAUAACAAAGCCUUUCUUUUAAGGUUCAGUAACGGAUCUGAAGUGGUUGCAAAACUGCCAAAUCCCAAUGCUGGACCCAGAACUCUCACUACUGCCAGUGAGGUUGCAACAAUGGAAUAUGCGCGAGUAGUUCUGGGUCUACCUGUUCCGGAGGUGCUAGGUUGGAGCUCCAACUCUUCGAACCCGGUCAGAAGUGAAUAUAUUAUCAUGGAAAAGGCAAAAGGGGCUCCCCUUGGUGAUGUCUGGUAUCAACUCCCGACCCCCUCUAAGCACAAUUUCAUUAGACAAGCGGUGGAAUUAGAGGCAAAAUUAGCGGUAGUGCCUUUCACCGAACAUGGCUGCAUAUACUACGUACGAGAUGCACCUAAAGAGCGUUCUAAAAAUCACACCCCGCUCUAUGGCGAUGACCUACAGAAGUUUUGCGUCGGCCCAGUCGUGGACCCAAUUCUUUGGUGUGAUGAGCGGGCCGAGAUAGGACUAAAUCGAGGGCCUUGGCACCACUUAUUCGAUUAUGCGACAAGCAUUGGUAUCAACGAGAGAACGUGGGCAAUGCAGUAUGCAAAACCGCGUAUGAACUACUACCGAAGUAACACCGACUCUGAGAUGCCUGACGAAUACAUCGACCUUAUCGAGAAGUAUCUGCUGGUUGUUCCGCACUUAACGCAAUGUGAACCUGACAGUGCGGAUCUCCUGCAACCGACAUUGUGGCACAAUGACCUCCAUCUCAACAAUAUCUGCGUUGACCUCAAUACAGAAACGAUUACUGAUAUAAUCGAUUGGCAGAAUACCACUGUUGCUCCGUUGCUCUUGCAAGCCAAAGUGCCUCGGAUGGCUCGUCACAUCACCCCACUCCCACUAGGCUGGGUGAUGCCGGAAAAGCCAGAAGGAUACGAGACGCUAUCCGAGAAGGAUAAGCUCAAGGCAGACAAACUCUAUGAGAGCGCCCUAUGCCAUAAAUACUAUGAAGUUUGCAUUGCUAAGAAGAACCCACGACACUACGCUGCUCUAAGUCACAACGAUACGUGGAAAUCACCUCUUAUUCUACCAAUAAAAUCAGUAAGCGGGGCUUGGCCCUCGAGAGAAGUCUUUCGACUACGCUCGUCAUUGAUGGAUGUGGUAGACCAUUGGGCGGAGAUGCAGCCUGCAGCGGAUUGCCCUAUUUCCUUCACAGAAGAUGAAAGAAACUUACAUAACGAAGAAAUGGAGAAUCGUGGCUACAUUGAGGGACUUAUGGAAGAGUUCCAAGGUGCAGGUAUCUUGCCAAGUGAUGGGAUCGUUGAUCCUGAGGAUUAUGACGUUGUGCAGAAGACAAAUUACGCACAAAAGGAAAAUUUCAUGUCUUUAGCACAGGAUGAGGAACAGAGAGAGUGGAUGGACAAGAUCUGGCCUUACCAGGACCGGCCCAGUGAAGCAUGA